AGGAGUAUCCUGUUCCUGCUAGAUAAGUUGCAUUUUUGUUGUGACCAUAACUGGUCUCUGGCCGGAAUAUUUUGCUCCGUGUAGCCAAUUUCAUUUUGUGAAGUAGUUGUGUCGGCCACUGAAGUAGAUAAUCUAUUGAUAAGAUGGUUUUGAAGAGUAUGUGACGUUUUGUUUCGACUUUCGAAACGGAGGGGUACUAGAUCAGUUUUACGACCACUUGAUUUCUGUUCUGUGUGCAUACAAUAUGGAUGUUGUUGCCGACGAGAACGGUUACUGCUAUAAUCCGCAGAGGGUGUUGAUGUUCCAAGAACGGAAAGAGGACGAUGCCACGAUGAAUACGCCCUCUUGCUUGGGAACAUCAGCAAAAAUGCCGACACAAGAACUACCCGCAUCAAGAUCAAAACAGAAAGGCCGAGCUCGUCCACACCGCAGUUCCUUCUUUGUUCGAACAACUUUUGCGACCCUUGCUGCGGCAGCGACCGCGACCGCCACUUCGUCGAUAUGUUUACUUCUUGGAGCUGCAACCACAGCCGCUGCCUAUGCGGGAACAAAUAGUUUGCAACCCGGUAAUACUAACAUUUUCGCCAACGCCCGCAACCAUUUCUGGCUGUAUUCGGGCAUUUUCUUGACCACCCAGGCGCAGUCCAUCCGCGCGGCGAAGAAGAAGAGGCGGCCGUACUACGAGGUUCUGGAUAUCAGUGAAAACGCCUCCGUAUGGAUUGUAAAAAUGUCUGGGUCUGGAAGGUUGGGACUUGUAGUGCUAGCUUUCCAUACCUAGAAAAUCUGUAUUGCAUAACCAACAAAAGUCGCAGCCUCUUUUGUCAUGCAAAAACGCAGCUUCUCAUGCGGAUUGCCUAUGAGAAAGCGUUUUGGGAAGUUGUCAUGCCGGACAGCAUUCGGAAGUGUUUUCAUCAUGCACAUUUUAGCAUCACAAGUUUCCAGACCCAGACAUUUUUACAUUUGAUACUCCGACUCGGAAAUCAAAAAGGCGUACCGGGAAAAAUCGAAGGAGUACCAUCCGGACAAGUGUCCCGAGGAAAAGUCCGCCGAGUGCCAGUCGAAGUUCAUCGAGAUAUCGCAGGCAAAUGAAGUUUUGUUGGACGAGAAAAAGCGGAAACUCUACGACCAAGGGGGGGAGGAGGCUCUGAAGGAAAGUGGACAGGGCGAAUUCGACGCCGCCGCCAUGUUUCGCCAGCACUUUGGACGAGAACCAAACGGAAAAGUCCACGUCAGAGUUAUGCAGUUUCCGAAUGGGCAGCAACAGUAAGUUAGUAAAGUACGUUGGUGAUUUUCAUUUUGCGUAUCAUCUCAGCAGCAAGUUGUAGUUUCGAAACGAAAUUUGAAGGUAUUUUGGUGGAUGACACGAAGCAAAGUUGAUGUCUUUUCAGGUUUCAAUUCUUCGAGGAGCCGGAGGCAGGUCCAGAGGAAAAUCUCUUCGAUGAGAGCAAGGACCAAAUCUACGAAGUAGCAGCGCAUGGCGGCAGCACGGUGCUCACAGACCGAGACGAGCCAUGGGCGGUAUCAAUGGAUUGAAAAUAAUCGAGGAAUGAUGAUCAAGUGUCGGACAACCACACGCAGGAGCAUUUGGUCUUCUCCUGGGUGGCUCGUCUAUUGAAGAUUUGAUAUACAACUUCGCCUUUCUAUACGGUUUUGCCAUGCUAAAUUAUCGAUCUUCCCCUCCUCAGGUAUUUUUCUACUCCCCGAAGUGCAUCAAGAAGGAGUGCCGUGACAAGGCCAAGGAGUACAAGGCGGUUGCGAAGGUUUUCGGUUCCUUCACCAAAAUAGCGGCGGUGAACUGCUUCAAGAACCAGCUAUCAAAUGUAAAAAUGUCUGGGUCUGGAAGAUUACGAGAUUUGUCAUGCAUGUUUCGGAUCACGCAUAUGGCGUCUGAUGCAGGCAAAAGCAUCACAGGUUUUCAGCACGCCUUAUGAUGCCUGUCCCGCAUGAGAAACUUCCUACUUGCGGACCAAGAAAUGGACAGCUUUUGGCGCUCAUGCAACACAAGUUUCUGCGGAUUCCAGAGUUUGCAUCACAAGUUCCAACUCUUCCAGACCCAGACACUUUUGCAUUUGAUACCAGCAGCUGUGCGUUCAUUUCGGGAUCACCCAGAACGGGAAAACAGAGCCCGAACUCCGCUGGCUUCCGGAGCAGAAGAACUCGGGAACCGAGCCGUAUGAGGGCGAGUUCAGCAGCAAGAUGAUCCAGAACUGGAUGAGCAAAAACAUACCCAACCACGCCGCAGAGUUGGUCACCAAGCGGAACCUGCGGGAGUUCGUCGACAAGGCCGUGGAAAAAAACCGCCCGCCUAUAGUUCUCUUCACGGACAAGAAGGAAGUAUUUUUGAACAUAUUCAGCGAGUGCUGUCACGUUGAUGCUGCAAUGUGCUUCUUUAUCACCAAGAACAAAUAAUUUGGAUGUGCGUUCUUGCCGACAAAGUCAAAAUGCAAGAGUCAUGAACCACAGCCAAGUUUUUGGACCAGACCUCAUGCACGAGGACCCCCCUCAGUGUCAGUGCGUCGGCUGCGGUUCAACUGAUACUCUGUAUCCCAUGCUCAUGAUGCAUAAUCUCAGGUACCCGUGAUUUGGCGGGCGGUAUCGCGGGAAUUUCAAAACCGGGCAGAGAUCGGCGUGGUGCUGCGAUGCGACAAACAGGGCUUGUUCAAAAACGAGAUCCAGCAGCACUUUGGCGUCGACCUGAAUCGCAUACCGUCCGUAUUACAGUGAAAAAUGCCCCCAGCCCCAGCGUUGCAAAAAUUUGUGAUGCGAAGUUUCCAAAUGAAAACUUUUUGUCAUGCAUGAAAGGAGUAUGAAUCUUUCUGAUGCAGAGUCUAGGCGUGUAUCGCAUCGCUUGCAUGACAAGCGCCGCUGUUGCUGGGGUCUUUUGCAGUACAAAUUUUUGCUACUCACGAUUGGAAACCUGUGAUGCUGAUAGAUGCAAGAGGGCGAAUGUUUCAUUUGGAAAGGUUUGCAAUACAAAUGCUCCCAAGUUCGGGGUUGGGGCGUUUUUCAUUGUAAUAGUUCGUUGCCGUUCUGGACAACAAGCUGAAACUUUCCGAAUUUUACAACGGCAAGGAAUUUACCAAAGACAAGCUCGCCCUUUGGUCGCAGAAACACAUUGCGGUCUUCCGCAAAGCGGGGCCGCAGGGAAGUUUCAAGCAGCUUGACGGCGAAGACUGCGUGGACAAGAGCGACUCGAACUUCUGUCUGCUUUGGCUGCGCUACGGAAAGGACCACAGUGAGGCGAUCACGGCCGCAAUGCAGGAGCUGGCAGAUUCGUAUUUUUUUGCCGCUACUUUUCUUGAUGAGAUCAUCGUCCGUCCGCUUGUUGAACUUGGAAAUUUUGCAAUUGAUGUCAACGUUGUCCCCUAUAUGCCAAAGCAAAAACUCUACAGAUACAAAACGGACCCUGUGAAGCUUCGAUGGGUGGCCGCAGCGCAAAACCCCGGAAUCGCUGAGGCCUUCGGGCUUAAAGCCCCGCCAGCGAACGGACUUGCUUUUGUGCUCUACCGCCCAAAGCGAGACAAGUUCAAGGUUUUCGAUUCCGCGCAGGUGGAGAUAGCCGGACUGCAGGCUCGUCUAAAGGAAUUCGUGGAUACGGCUGCCUUCGAGGGUGCGCAGCUCCCAGAUAGGAUACACAAACCGCUUACUGCAGCAAAAAUUAGCUCCAGCAGGGAGGAACUGUAGGAAAGGUUUUGUGGUUUUUUUUCUUGUUCCUAGUACACCGUCCUGUGAUCCGGUUGGAUUGGAGCUUGUCUCGGUGUGCGCGGGGUAGAGAGGCUGUUUUUCUGCGUACAUCUAUCAUUUUUACAUUUCCAAGGCCACCUACAUGCGUUCACUAGCGACAAAACCACGACUGACGCGACGAGGACUACUGAUUUUAAGUAGUAUGACCAUCGCCCCCUCGUAUCCCGAGGCAAUAACCCUUCAAAACGAUGGCUUGGAUGAAUCGCGACAGCUGUCAUUUUGUAGAAGAAAAAGCCUCUUGUUCUGUUUUUCC